CAGAAUUGUCAGUUUAUUAAUGAAGUAUGACUUGUGCUGAACAAGACAAGCUGGGUCAAGCAUUCCAAGAUGCUUUUGAGGUGCUGAGUCAACAUUCAGCUGGAGACCUUCAGUACUCCCCAGAUUACAAAAAUUACCUGGCUUUCCUCAGCCCUCGCCCUCUCGUCAGAGGGAAUUCCAGCUGCUAUGGAGUGCUGCCGUCGGAGGACCCCGUCUACAACUGGAGAACCGUGAUAAACAGUGCUGCGGACUUCUAUUUUGAAGGAAAUAUCCACCAAUCUCGGCAGAACAUAACUGAAAACCAACUGGUACAGCCUGCUGCUCUCCAGCACAAGGGGGGGAAAGGCAGGAAGAAACUCCGACUCUUUGAAUACCUACACGAAUCCCUGUGUAAUCCCGAGAUGGAAUCUUGUAUUCAGUGGGUAGAUAAAACCAAAGGCAUCUUUCAAUUUGUAUCAAAAAACAAAGAAAAGCUUGCUGAACUCUGGGGAAAAAGAAAAGGCAACCGGAAGACCAUGACUUACCAGAAAAUGGCCAGGGCACUGAGGAAUUAUGGAAGAACUGGAGAAAUUACCAAAAUCCGGAGGAAGCUGACAUAUCAGUUCAGUGAGGCCACGCUCCAAAGACUCUCCCCGUCUCACUUCUUGGGGAAAGAGAUCCUCUACUCACAAUAUGUUCAGCCUGAUCAAGAAUAUCUCAGUAACUGGAAUGCAAAUUAUAGCUAUGCCUAUACCAACUACCACGAGCUAAGUCACCCUGAUUGCUAAAUAUACGCUCACAGUUCCGUGGUUUCCUGGCAUCAAAAAUCCCUACAAGCUUCAGAAUUCUCUCUCUUUCUUUCUCUUUUCCUCCUCAACUCUGAAGGAACUCAGGAUUGUUCUCUUAAAGCAAAUACUAAAGAAAAAAAACACACAAUUUACUUUGUUGUUGCUGUCUUUUAUCAAAUAACAUAUCAUCUAUAUUAACUUGGUGGGAAAUUCUAUCAAAGAAAACUUUUUU